CACACAGUCCAGCCCACGACGUCGCGCGACAGCAACAACAAUGGCCAAGCGUUAGUGUGCGGCGCCAGGAGCUCGCUCGCUUCUCUCUCUCUCUCUCUCGUCUACGGCCCGCUCCGUGUCACCCCCUUUUUUUUUUUUUAAUUUCCUCCACUUUUUUUUUUUAUAACGCGACUCGUUAGUUUUUUUUUAAAUACUCGACAUCCAAUGCUAACAUAGCUAGCUUUCAUCCACGCACAAUGUCGGAGGCGAACAGACCGUGUGUGCCCGCCGCUUGGCCGCUGCUAACCUAGCUGCCUUUUCACUCGCUAACCUUUUAGUCGUUGUUUGUUACUUUCAAAAAAAAAGAGGAAAAAAGGCGUGAUUUGUUAGACGGCGGUCAAAUAUCGGCUAUUCGACACGAAGUGUUGUGUAUGUGUCGUGGAAGCGAGUUGGCCAGCGAGCUAACAGGCUAGCUAUUUGUGUUCGUGUCCGCGGUAAAGAAGGAAGAACCUGCAGAGUUUCCUGCUUUUUUUUUUUUUUGUGGCACAAAAAAGUCAUGGACGACCAGACCAGGAUGUUGACGGGGCUCACCGGACUUGGUGGACUACAGCCGGGCGACGUCGGCGACCCGGACUCUGUUCGGAAGCAGUCCCUGGGCCAGCCCCAGCAAGACAUCGGGGAUAUCCUCCAGCAAAUCAUGGCCAUCACGGACGAGAGCCUGGACGAAGCACAGGCCAGAUGCUGGCCAGAGGAUUCGCCGGCGCAUUGGGGUGGAUCAGACGACCCCACAGAGGGAGGGAGAGCAGGGGGGGGCAUGGCAGGGGGUGGCCUGCCAGUCAACUUCCAGUACAGGAAGCAUGCCCUGAACUGUCACAGAAUGAAGCCAGCCCUGUUCAGUGUUCUCUGUGAGAUCAAAGAGAAGACAGUGCUGAGUAUACGAGGUGUGCAGGAGGAAGACCCUCCGGAUCCCCAGAUCAUGCGGCUGGACAACAUGCUUCUAGCGGAGGGCGUGUCAGGGCCGGAGAAGGGCGGGGGGUCGGCUGCGGCGGCCGCGGCGGCAGCGGCGGCGGGGGGCUCGCCCACCGACAGCAGCAUCGAACACUCCGACUACAGAGCUAAGCUGGCCCAAAUUCGCCAGAUAUACCACUCGGAGCUGGAGAAGUAUGAGCAGGCAUGCAGCGAGUUCACCAACCAUGUAAUGAACCUGCUGAGGGAGCAGUCUCGAACGCGACCCAUCUCGCCCAAGGAGAUCGAGCGCAUGGUGGCCAUCAUCCACCGCAAGUUCAGCUCCAUCCAAAUGCAGCUUAAGCAGAGCACUUGCGAAGCAGUCAUGAUCUUGCGCUCACGCUUCCUCGACGCCAGACGUAAGAGGCGCAACUUCAAUAAGCAAGCGACAGAGGUGCUCAACGAGUAUUUCUACUCCCACCUGUCUAACCCUUACCCUAGUGAGGAGGCGAAGGAGGAGCUGGCCAAAAAGUGUGGGAUCACCGUGUCUCAGGUCUCUAAUUGGUUCGGCAACAAGAGAAUACGUUACAAGAAGAACAUUGGGAAGUUCCAGGAGGAAGCCAACCUCUACGCAGUCAAGACAGCAGUGGACGCCGCCAAUGUGUCUGCGCAAGCCAGCCAGGCUAACUCUCCGGCGACACCCAACUCAGGCGAUGCCUACCUUGGGCUCCGAUUGCUCAACGGGGAGGGUAUCAACAUCGGCCCCUCUCUACAGCCGCAGGUGGAUACCCUGCACCGUGCUACACACCUGACGGGCGGCUAUGAGGAGCUGUCAGGUAGUGGCCUCUACACCCCUCAUCGCCUGGAUGCUAACAGCUGGCAGGACACAACAACUCCCCCCUCCGUCACCUCCCCUCUCGGCGCUCCUGGCAGUGUCCACUCCGACAACUCCAACUGACUCCCCACUCUCUCCUCUAACCCCCACCUCCCACCGCGCCAUUUUCCUCCUCCGUCUCCAUGGGAUCAUUUCAUCCACACACUGUGCUGGACCACAGGACGGUCUGACCAUGCCCCCCCCCCCCUCGUCUAUACGUGCACGUUGACCUCACACAGUGCUCUUCACCACCACCCCUGAGAUUGUCAUCCACACAAGCCCCCUUUGCUCCACUUGCUGUGUCAAGCACAAACGUUAGCAUCCUCGCCAUGAGAGGGGGCACUCAUGCUGUUGAAAGGACGGAGCUGGUAGGAAGAAGGAGGAGCGUGGAUGGAACAAUAAAAGCCCUUUUUUUUUGUCGCCAACCACCAGAGGGCGUCGCUAACUUCUUUGCUUUCUGUCUGCUAGUUUCCUUAAUUGUAGCCUUUUUUUUUUUGGUUUGUUUUCCUUUUGCUGUUUCACCAAGAAUGCACCAGCCGCCACCAAAAAAAAAAAAUUAAAUAAAAUCCACCCGCUCCCAAUAAAGCAUCGAGAACGACGUCGGGAGCAAAGAGGGGAGGGGAGGGGUUAACAAAAACUGUCUUCCAUGCAUGUUAGGACUUAUAAGCGUGUUUAUUUUUUUUUAUUUUAUUUUUUUCCAUAACCCUUUUCCCAGUUUUUAGCUUCGUUUUUAAUUAAGAAAAACUUAGGGAAAAAAAAGUUAAAAAGGUUCUCAUUAUGACAGUCAAGACCAAAAAAGAAAAAAAAAAAAGAGAGGAGAAAGUGCACCGUGUUGUUGCUAUGAUACGUGCGUAUCUCCGUGUGAGUCACGGGGAAGCACACCUUCUGUUGUACCAAAACCAAAAAUACCACAGUCAGUAAUGAAGAUGAUGGCGAAGACGCCGCCGCCACCCUUUUGUGUGUCUUUGUCUCUGUACGGCGGUCUCGUGCCUCAAUUAUUUUCUUUUAUUUCUAGGGGCAGGGGGGGGUCGUUGCAGUAAGAACAUACAUCCUCACACAUUUACUUUUUUUUUUUUUUUUUCUACUUUCUUUUCUGUCCAAUCAGGCGAGGGGCUUCUCUCUUUCCCUCCCCUGUUACCAAAAAAGAAAGACUACACUCUUUGGAACUAUUUUUAGCUGUUUUUUAAAUAAAGUUGUGAUCAUGUUAGGUUGUCGCCUUACGAUGGAAAAACAAACAAAAAAAAGACGUCCUUAAAAGCAUAAUUCUCCUGACUUUUUGUUACUAACGGCGGUUCAUGCGACUGUAUUUUAGGAAACACCAAAAUUGUCAUCAAUUCUUUUUUUUCCCCCAGCCCCUACCUGUUGUUAUGGAUGUCACUGUACAGUUUGUGUAAUGUUUCACUAUUUCUUUUAUAAUGCUCGCUUAAAGAUGCUCGUUUUUAUUUGGUCUUUUUGUCCCCCCUAACCCUCCCUGACACACACUCACGGGACUCUAUAUAACUCUGUAUCCAAUUCUCAUUACUAUUAUUAUUAUUAUUAUUAUUAUUAUUAUUCUUUAGGUUGUUUUUGUUGUCAUUUCAUAACCGGGUGGAAAUGUUUGCCGCUUAGUCACUCGCUGCUGUGGAAACGGUCUUUAUUUUGUAACGGGUGGAAAUGUAACAAUGUAAUGGUUCCCCAAAGGGUUUGAAAUGAAGCUUGUGUUCAGUGUGAAGGUGCAUGUAUGCUUUCAUGUGAUGAAACCACGUCCACAGCAGCCAAAUGUACGGAGCCCCUAAAGGGACAUGGGGGAAAUGUUUUUUGUUUGUUUUUUUGUUUUUGUUGUGUGUAUUUUUUAGAC